GAGUCACAAUGAGAUGAUGAGGACAUUCAAGAUAUGGACUUAUAAGGAAGGAGAUAUCCCCUUGAUGCAUAACGGUCCAAUGAAAUACAUAUACAGCAUCGAGGGUGACUUCAUCGAAGAGAUGGAGAGGAAAGGAAAUCCGAUGGUGGCUACCCAUCCCGAUGAAGCACAUGCCUUCUUUAUCCCGAUUAGUAUAACCAAAAUUGUCUACUUCCUUCACACACCUGCCGAAUCCAUUGGUUUCUUCGAACGUAUGCAAGCAAUAGUCGAAGACUACAUUGGUGUUAUCGCACAAAGGUAUCCUUAUUGGAAUCGUAGCAAUGGAGCUGAUCACUUCUUUGUAUCCUGUCACGACUGGGGGCCUUUUGUUUCACGGGGAAACCCAAAACUCUUUGAAAACUUCAUAAGAGUGCUUUGCAAUGCAAACAGCUCGGAAGGUUUCAUUCCAAGUCGGGAUGUGUCCAUGACCGAGAUCAACACUCCAGUUGAUAAUAUCCCAAUUAUGAGUAAUGGCCAAUCACCUUACAAUCGUUCAGUUUUAGCAUUCUUUGCCGGUGGAAACCAUGGUGUUGUACGAGAAAACUUGUUCCAACAUUGGGGAAAUAAAGAAGAUAAUGAUAUUCAAGUUUAUAGCUACCUCCCGAAAGGAAAAAACUACACCGAGUUAUUGGGCCAGAGCAAGUAUUGUCUGUGUCCUAGUGGCUACGAGGUUGCUAGCUCUAGGGUGACAGAAGCAAUCUACCAUGGAUGUGUUCCUGUGAUCAUCAAGGAUCAUUAUGUUCUACCAUAUAGUGAUGUGUUGGAUUGGAGUCAAUUUUCUGUACAAGUACCGGUAAAUAAGAUUCAAGAUCUUAAAAGGAUAUUGGAAGAGAUACCUUAUUCAAAGUAUAUAGAAAUGCAAAAAAGAGUGAUUCAAGUGCAAAGACACUUCAGUGUGAACAUUCCAGCCAAACCAUAUGAUGUCCUUCAUAUGAUUCUUCAUUCUGUGUGGCUAAGAAGACUAAAUGUUUUGUUAAGACAUGUGCCUAACUAA